AUAUUUAGAAAGACCAGCAUUGUAGUGAGGACGUUCCUCACUGUGAGAGCACAGCCAUUUCAGAAAGAGUCUACAGAGAGAUAACUAUGUCUAACUUCACUGGAAAGGAAGAUUAUCAGAAAUUAUUUAACCCAAAGGCAUAUCUACACAGUUAUUUUCGUUUUGGGGAAGGGACUAUGGGAGAUGAAUUACUGCAGUUUGUAUUGAAACACUUAGCAGAUGUAUUUACUUCAGGUAAAGUAAAAGGUGAAACUCUAAUAGAUAUCGGGACCGGUCCAACCAUCUACCAGCUCCUGUCAGCAUGUGAAGCCUUUAAGGACAUCAUUGUCUCUGACUUUACUGAUAAAAACCGAGAGGAGUUUAAUCUAUGGCUCAUGAAUCAACCUGGAGCAUUUGAUUGGAGUGCAAUUGGGAAAUAUGUGUGUCACCUGGAAGGAGACAGAACUACUUGGCCUGAAAAGGAAGCACGAUUGAGAAAGACCAUCAAACAAGUCCUGAAGUGCGAUGUUUUCAAUAGCAAUCCCUUGGAACCUGUUGUUCUCCCACAAGCUGACUGUGUCCUGAGCUGUCUGUGCCUGGAAGGAGCCUGCUCAGACUAUGAGGCCUAUGUUACUGCUCUAAAAAAUAUAACAAAAUUAUUAAAACUAGGAGGUUACUUAGUGCUCGCCGGUGAUUUGGGCAACACUUACUACAUGGUAGGCAAUGUGAAGUUCUCUGGUCUUUCUCUAAAUGAAGAAUUUCUGAAGGAAUCUUUAAUUGGAGCUGGGUUUGUUAUUGAAAAAUUUUCGAUUUCUAACAAAACCGCAGAAAUCCCGGAAGAAGCAGAUUGUUUGGCUAAUUAUGUUAUAACUGCUAGGAAAGAAAGAGAUAUAGAAGCAGUGUAAUUAUAAAUAGCACUGUUUAUAAGGUAUAGGGCUUUUAGAAGCCUUGUGUGACAGAGCUUAUAAAAAUUGCUAAACCCCUUGGACAAUUACUAUUAAUGCCUAUAAUUAUUUUCAAUAGGUUUUAAAAAAUAUAUUCUACCUGCCAAUUGGAGAGGACCCUUAGUUGCCCUGCUGGUGAUACAAACUUUGCCCUAUCAACAAUGGCCAUCUCCAGCACUUAGUAAUGGCCAAUACGUACUCUUAUUCCUGAAUUAGUCGCUAGCAAAGAGAGGGGGAGAGCAGUUUCUAAUUGCCUGGGCCAGGGCUUGCUGGAGGGUCCUGGAGAGUAGACCCGUAACCGCUGACCCCCAAAUAUAAUUACCUUCAUCCAGGAAGCGGGUCCCUCCACAACAGCCAGCACCGUCUUCCCAGUGAUAGUUUUGGGAAGAUGGCGCUGCACAUUGAGAGCUAAGAAUCUGGAGAGUCUCUUCUCUCUAGUGCCCAUGCACCAUCUUCCCAAAUAUCACUGGGAAGAUGGCACCGGAUAAGGAGGGGGGACCCACUUCCUGGAGAAAGCAAGGUAGGAAGUGGUUGCCCUCCCUGCAGGCACCCUGGAUUCGAAUUACUCACCCUGUGAAGCACGGGCAGCGCCGCAAAUUAAUAUUUUUUAAUGUCAUUUAUUUUUAUGAAGUAUGGCCAUGCCCCCUUUUAUGCCACGCCCUCAUGCCAGUACUGGGGCCCGGCGUAGCUCCCUACAGCCCUGGUGAGUAGAUGGGAGGAGCUGGGAAAUUAGACAUUUCCUUAUGAAUUUGGUUUAACUAUAGUAAUGCAACUUAAGAUUUUGUUUUGAGAGCCAAGAUAUUCACAGACUUCAAUGAAGUUUCACAUUCAUAAGUAUUAUUAAAAUGAAAGAUAGCCACAGAGCCAUUUUUACCCAAGCAAAAUGACUGGAUUGAAAAAAAAAAAAAAAGGGUAGCACUGAUAUGGAAUUAGGAAUAAUGUUAUGUCUAUAUUCUUAUGUCUACCAGCAUACAUUAUACAGGGAGUUCAAUAAGUCCCUCCAUAGUGAGCACUGUCUCUGGCUGUAGAUCUCCUCUGCAGCCGUAGGAGGCCAGGGAGGAACAACCUUUAAUGUAAGUAAGUAUGUAACAAAUUUAAUUUAAUUUCAUAUAAAUUAAGUGUUUAUAAACAAUUAUGUUGUCAUAUUACUUAGCACACAUUUUCUAUGGGGGGACUUACUUAGCACACUGUCAAUGCGGAGGGACUUUUUGAAUUCCUUGUACUGUCAUUGACUACAAUCCCAGAAUGGAAGCAUUCACCAGUGCAGUUUAUGCUUUCUAGGUUCUGAGGGUUUAGUGGGCCUUUAGCUAUGCCUCUGUGGGCCUUUUUAACUAGUUGAUAUUUACUAAGCACCAAUUUAUAUGGUAUAGGAAAGUAGUGAUGUUUUUAUUCAUGUACAAAGUAAGUGCCAUGAUAUGUAGAGAGUUGACAUUUAAUAACCUGUUGAGUAACUCAAGUAAUAAAAUUAAGUUAUAUGUUAAAAUAAUAUGACAAAUAUAUACUGUUUUAGUUUUAUAUGAAAUUGUUUCCUUUUGAUGAAGCAAAUUUUAAUGACCUACCAGCUUGAGGAAGUAAAUGGAUGUUCUGUGAAAAGCGUAGCUUUAUAUAGUAUUUCAUGUUUACUCUCAUUUGAUCUCUUUUAACUGCUUUUAGUUAAGAUAAUUAUUUUUAUAGUUUAAAAAAAUAAAAUUAAAGUUUAUUUUUAAUCUUUUAAAAACUAAUUAUGCAGUAGUAGUACAUUAUUUUCCAAUAUCACCUUCUUGGACCUAUUUUUUGUAUUAAUAACCUAUGGAUAGCGGGAAUUUUAAAGCACAUCAUCCGUACCAAAAGGGUGAGAAUAACCAUUCACCUGUAUUUUCCAGUACUAUCUUUACCAUUAAAAUGUACAAUGUCUGGCAAUCUAUGUGAUCCCAUUUAAUUAUGUGACAUUAAAAGAGGAUUGUCUAGAGGAGAGAGGUUGGGUUGGGUGGUAUUUUUAGGUAAGUGAAGAGAUGUUUGUUGGUGUUGUUUUGAUUAUUAGCUUUAUGUGUAAAUAAAAGUAUUUUGUACUGAAUUUGGUAGAAUACAGGUAACUAAUGGAGGGAAAGAUUGAGAAGAGCAGCAGACGAAUGUUUAGCAUGGAAGAUCAGCCUCGAAGCUGCAUUCAAAAUGGAUUAUAGUGUUGAGAGACUGUUUUGAGGAAGUUCAGUAAGGAAGCUAUUGCAAUAAUCAAUACAGGAGGUAAUGUGUGUAUGAAUUAGAGUUUUUGCAAUGUCUUGUGUAAGAUAUGGUCGUUCUCAGGAUAUGUUUUUUAGAUGUACGUAACAAAGGGCAGUUCAAAGUCAAGGAUGAUACGUAGACAGUAAGCUUGUGGGGUAGGUUGGAUUGUUGAGUUAUUAACAGUGAUAUAGUUAUCAGGUCGGUAACUACUAUUAGCUGGUAGAAAUAUGAUUAAUUCUGUUCUGGAAAUAUUAAGAUGAGGUAGCAAGAUGACAUCCAAGAUGAAAUGGCAGAAAGACAUUCUGUAAUGCGGACCAAGCCAGAUGGUGACAAAUCUGGGGUGGAUAGGUAAAAUUGAGUAUCAUCCACAUUCAGGUAAUACUGAAAUCUGAAAGAGCUGAUAAGUUUGCCAAGCGAUGUGGUAUACAUUGAGAAAAGCAGAGUACCCAAGACUGAGCCUUGUUGUACUCCAACUGACAGAGGUAGUGAAGAGGAGGUGGAUUCAGAAAAACGAACACCAAGGGCUAAAUGUAAUAGGGUGUGAUUUAAGAAAACGUGCAAUUUUUAACGCAAAUUUGCACAUUUUCCAAAAAUUGCAAAUGUAAUAACUUUCAAAUUUGAUCAAAAUCGCAAUUUUUUAACAUAUACAAAAAAUCACAAGUGAAAAAUCGCAUACAGAUGUUUUCCCAUUGAAAACAAUGAAAAUUGCAAAUGUAAUAGGAUGCGAUUUUUACACUUGCACACAAAACCUUACCAAAAAUUGCCAGUAUAAUAGACCAGGUUUAGACUGGCGAUUUUUGUAGAAGCAUGCACAGAUCAGUGAGAUCCAUGCAUGCUUCUGUGUGUAAAUGUUAAGAAAAUGUUCAAAGUAAAAAUAAAAAAUUACGUGAGGGUUCCACCCCCCCCCCCCCAAAAAAAAAAAAAACCUUAACCAGCCCCUGGCUCUUUGAGCUGGUCCUGGUUGCAAAAAUAUGGGAAAAAAAUAAGUAGAGGUUCCCCCGUAUUUAAGCAACCAGCAUAAGGCUCUUGGACCUGUCCUAGUUCUAAAAGUACAGGAGACAAAAGAAGUAGGGAUCCCCCAUAUUUUCUAAACCAGCACGGGCUCUACUAGCCAGGGAGGUGAUGCCGCAGCCGGGGACACUUUUAUACAGGUCCCUGAGGCCACAGCAUCACACACACCAAAUAGUCACCCCUGGCUGGUGUUCCUUGGGGAAGUGGGAACACCUUAAAUAAAGGGGAUUCCCCCCUACAGGCACCCAAGGGCCAGGGAUGAAGCCGAGGCUGUCCACAGCACCCAUGGGCUUUGGGUGCUGGGCUGAUAGCCAUGAAAGUGUUAAAAAAGAAUAUUGUCUUUUGUUGUGGAACUACAAAUCCCAGCAAGCCCCCUCACAUGCUGAUACUUGGAAAACUACAAGUCCCAGAAAGCCCCACGCAUGUUGGUACCUGGAGAACCACAAGUACCAGCACGCAGGGAAUUAAGUUCCCGCUGGUACCUGUAGUUCCACAACAAAAGAAAUACCACAAAAAGGACAAAACACACACACUGUGAAAGUAAAAGUUUAUCUACACACACUACAUACUCCCACAUACUUCGCUAGUGUCCCACACAGCCCCUCCGUCCCCUUGGUAGAGGGUCCUCAUUCGCGUAGUGGAAGUGUAUGUAUAAACAUACAACUCUACAUGUCCGAUGGUUUGGGUGUUAGAGUUUUUUAUUUUUUAACUCCUGGGAUGCCUACAUGGACAGAAGAGGAACGAUCUCCACCGGAUAUUAGGUGAGUAUAUCGUUUUAAUUUUACAGGUACCCCGUGGAUUCUGCAUGGACAAGGCUGAAAGAGCCCGGGGCUGGUUAUGCUUUUGGGGGGGGGACCUGCACGUUGUUUUUAUUUUUUACUUUUAACACUUUCUUAGCAUUUACACACAGAAGCAUGCAUGGAUCUCACUGAUCUGUGCAUGCUUCUGACUAAGUAAUAAAAACAUGACCUAAAAAUCACGUUUCCGUUACUAAAAAUCACCAAUAAUCACAUGUGAAUUCCAUUUUAAUCUUAGAAAUCGCACAAUAUUACAUUUGCAAUUUUUUUUUACGACACCUAAAAAAUUGCACCCUAUUACAUCUAGUCCUAAGACUGAUGAGAACCAUGAUGGGGCUGUGUCCUGAAGACCUGGGGACUGUAGUGUUUGUAUGGGAAGAUAGUGGUCAACAUUGUCAAUGGCAGCAGAGAGAUCUAAAAAGAUAAAAAUGAGUAAUUUAGACUUUGCAGUGAUCAGAUCAUUCACAGCCUUAUGGUGCCCACACACGGAGCUAUAUGUGCUAGGUGCGAUUUGAGCUAUACUAUUUGUGCUAUGCGAUUUGAACUUCAUGCGAUUUGACUACACUAUAAUAUGUAAUGUAUGCAAUAAAGUUCAGAAAUACUUGCCUGCACAUACUAUUUUUCCUUGCGAUAUAAACUACACGUGAACGUGCAUCGUAUCGCAAGGGAAACUAAACACGGUGCGAUGUGAACUAGAAGCAAUGCUAUUUGAACUAAAAAGAUCAAAUAGCAUGCGAUAAUCGCACCAUGUGGGCACCAUUAGUCAGGGCUGCUCUGUGGAGUGCUGGGAAUGAAAGCCUUACUGAAGUAGGUCCUAUAAGUUGUGUGAGUGAAGAAUGUUUGUGAGGCGAUUACACCUGGUACACUUGUGGAUGGUAUGAAAAUUGCAAAGUCGGGUUUGGACCCUACUCCUUGCGUUAGGUCACUGCAAUCACCCAUUUUGUGUCAUCUCUUCUAGGCAUAACCUAUUCCACCCAGGGUCCUUUAUCACCUAAAAUGACGGCUUUAACCCUGCAUUAUGGCUACUUUCUAGAUUUCCCCUUUUUUCUUUCUGUGUCGUUUUUUGACUUGCUGUAAUAUUAAAUACUUUUUAACA